AUGCCCGUCGCGCCAGACGCCUACACGUACACACCACUGAUCCGCGUGCUCUGUGACAGCGGCAGGGUCGCCGACACGCUCAGCUUGCUCGACGAUAUGCUCCGCCGCAGGUGCCAGCCCAACGUCGUCACCUACACUGGCCUCCUGGUGGCCAUGUGCAGGAACAGUGGGUUCACAGUCCUUGACAAGAUGCGUGCAAAGGGAUGCUCGCCCAACAUCGUCACGUCAUCAUAA